AAGAUGAAGUGAAAAUUGACUGAAACACAUUCCCAAUACAGAUGAUUAUCUUUUCAUGAUGGCAUGGGUGGUAGUUGGCGAUUGUGAGGAAACAUGAUUGACCACUGUCGGCAAAGGUCAUCUGAUCAUAGCCUUAGCUCCUUUCUGUGCUUUGACAGGGACUCUCCUCCCUGCUCAACAUCAUCAUCCAGCAUCAUCAGCCAUGAGUUCGUCCAAGCUGACUGAUUUACUUUGUAAGGGCCAACAUGAUAUUGAUCCAAACAAGAAUCACAAAGCUUUGACAGAAAAUACAGACAACAGCAGUCGGAAGGGGUUAGCAUCGUUUAUGGUAUCCGUUACGGUGAUGCGAAGACGUAGGACCUCUCCGCAAGUUCUACUUAAAGCUAGCAUUACAACAGUUCUGGUGGUGACUGUAGGGUUCAUUAUAUUGUAUACCAUUUUACUGAAGUAUUUCUCCAACACUGUGCCUUAUGUGCCUGAGGAGUGGGAACGGGUACGAAGUCAGUACCACGCCCAUCACAGGCCAAAGCUCAUACCCAGGCCCAUGGACCUAGACCCAAACAACUAUGUGACUUCAAAAAUACAAAAUAAACCUCCAAAAUGGAAUAUAUCAAAUUAUGAUUUUAAUAAUAAUUUAGGAAAUACCAAGUUAUGUAGACAAAAAUAUCAGUUUCUAGUUCUCAUAGUGUCGACCAGAACAGAGUUUGAUCGUAGAAUUGCUAUCAGGAAUUCGUGGUGCCAGCCUCAGAGGCACAACCUGCCUCCUGAUGCCUGGGGAUGUGUCUUUCUCUUAGGGGUUGGUUCACAGCAGGAAUCCAAUAGUGAUAUAGUGGAUCGACAAAUAGAUCUGGAAAUAAAAACUUACAAUGAUGUACUCAAAGGCAGCUAUAUAGACUCCUACAGGAAUCUCACCUAUAAGGUUUUACAUGGACUUCACUGGGCCAGCCAGUCAUGUCCAACAGAAUUUGUGCUGAAAACAGAUGAUGAUUGUUUUGUCAAUACUCACCUGUUACAUAUACUCAUAUUGCACCAUAGAGAUGCGAACGACUUGUACAUAGGUAGUGUGUCCAAUAAACCGCACGAGGUGCUGCGGGACCCUAACAGUGUGUGGUACGUGCCCGAGGAGUGGUACGGGGAGGAGUUCUACCCUAGGUAUGCCAGCGGGGCCGGCUAUCUUCUGUCCUCGGACGUCGUGACAAGACUUAUAGACGUGAGCAGGUAUAGAACACCCAUUCCUAACGAGGAUGCCUUCAUAGGAAUCCUCGCACAAGACAUUGAAGUGAAACCUUUACUGAGUGGUCGCUUUACAAUGAUGAGCCUGGGCUGGACCCUGUGUAAUUACCUGUACCUAGUGGUCAUCCACAAGGUGCUGCCCGACCAACAGGAGAGGAUGUUCAACAACACCAUCGCAGCCAGGACCAGUCACCUGUGUUCACCAGCUCCUAACGAGCAGAGACUCACCUGGAACUAGCUAGGGCAGACACUGGCAUGGUAGGUUAAUACAAGACUAAACUCUUACUGGUACUUCCAGAAGGACCAUAGGUUUGAUUUGCAAUCCAUCAUUUUGUAAGUCAGUGUGUCACUUUAUUAUAUCUCAAAUACUCAUUUAAUGGUACAAAUGUAUACAUGGUAUAAAUAGACGUAGUAACUUUAGGAAUGGCUGAAUGUCAAGUACUUCAUUUGGGUUAAAUG